AUGACAACAACGUCAACGAUGAUAAGCGAUGAUAGCGACGAUGGCACUGAUAGCGAAGGCAGCGAAAACAGCAAAGGCAAUAAAGGCAUCGACGUCAACAAUGGCAGCGAAAGAAGCAGAGGCAAUGAUGUGAAAUCACUCGUUUAUGCUAGAGCGCACUCAAAUACACAUACUCAUAGUUGUCAAGGCAUACCUCGGGUAUUAAAGGUGACAAUGCAAAAAAAAAACAACGAUAAAAAAGGUACAACUCCUGGUCAUUACAACAGUGAGGAUUCCGGUUUUCGCGAGUUUGUAAAAGUGCUUGAUCCUCGGUACACACUACCUUCGCGAAAAACACUGCAAAACGUGCAUAUGAGUGGCAUGUACAACGACAUGAAGGCAAAACUGUUUGCGAUUUUGGAUAGUGUUGAAAGUUGCGCUAUAACAACGGACUGUUGGACUUCGAGAGCUAACGAAGCGUAUAUUACUGUUACAUGUCACUUUGUUAGCGCAGUAUUGGCCACAAAACCAUUACAGGAUAACUCGAAUCAUUCAGCUCAAAACAUAGCUGCUUCACUACGUGUUGUCUUUGAUGAAUGGAAUAUUUUUAGCAAAAUAUCAGCCAUUACAACUGAUAAUGCAAGUUCUAUGAUAAAAACUUGCGAACUUUUACAAAAAAAACACCUACCUUGCUUUGCACACACCAUAAACUUGGUUGUGCAGGACUGUCUAGCGCUCGAUUGUUUAAAAGAUAUUUUGAGAAAGUGCAAAAGGAUUGUCACAUAUUUUAAGUCUAGUGCAAUUGCACUUAGCAAAUUUAAAGCAGAACAACAAACCGAACAAAAGUACAGCUUGAUACAAGAAGUGCCUACAAGAUGGAAUAGUGCAUUUUAUAUGAUAGAAAGAAUAAUUUUAACUAACGAUGCUAUAGUGAAAGUUCUGCUAAGUACUUCCAAGGCACCACCACCAUUAACAGCUGACCAAAUCGCUUUGUUAAAAGAACUAAUGUUGUUACUUGCACCGUUUGAUAGUGCCACUCGUCAGAUUUCGUCAUGUGUCUCGAUUACAAUAUCCCUGAUUAUACCAAUUGUGUGUGGGUUACUGCAUAACUUGGAUAAUGUGAAAAUAAAAGUAAAAUCUCCAGAAGGUAUUGAAAUUCAUAAGUUUUUGGUGGAGCGUGUUAUAAAACGACUCAUGCCUUAUGAAGAGCGCACAUUUCCAAGAAUAGGGACACUACUCGACCGCAGGUUUAAAAAACAAGGAUUUCGUUCGCCAUUUAAUGCCAAUCAUGGACUUAAAAUUUUGGAGAAUGAACUAGCCGCCAAAAAAAAAAUUGACACUGUGCCUUCGGAGCCGCCAACAUUAAAAGAAACUUCAGUUCCCUCAGGGCAGAAACUUUUCGAGUUUUUGCAAACAAAUAUAGCCAAUAUGGGGAGGACAGAUCGGGUCGAUGCUAUAUUGGAGCUACGUCAAUACAUGUUAGCGGCACAUUCUCCCCAAGACACAAAUCCAUUGGAGUUUUGGAAGCAAAAAGGAUUCUAUGCAUUCCAGCCACUUCGACCGAGUCGGAGAGAAUGUUUAGCAAAGCUGGGCUAAUAAUUAGCGAUAGAAGAGCUUCGCUAAAGCCAAAGAAUAUAGAGAUGCUAACGUUCCUCCAUAAAAACAUGUGGAUCUCAAAGUAACUUAUAAGUUCACUUUGGAAGUUUUUUACUUCAUAUAUAUAUAUUUUUUUUUGUGAUAUUAGCUAUAAUAAGCUAUACGAAG